UGCACAUAUAUAUUUAUGCAGAUCAACAGGCAAAGUCCUUCUCAGCAUGCCGCCUGGAUCAGACACAACAUCCGCAAGAAGGAGUGUUGCUUCUUUAAAAAAGGUGCCAGAGAGGAUGUGUGCAUGUGUGGCUACGGGAAGAGCCAGCAUGCGGCCGAGGCCAUCAAAGAAGAGGACUUCAAUGGCGAGGUGUGGGACGCACACAGACAUGUCCGUGAAGUACCCACAGACGCUUUCGGGGACAUCAGCUUUGGUGGUUUGAGGCAGAUGACGACCAAGUAUGCCCGAGUGUCCACAGAGACCAGUCCCGAGGUCCUGUACCAGUUACUGACUGAACAGUGGAAGCUGUCUCCCCCAAACCUACUGAUCUCAGUGACCGGAGGAGCCAAGAACUUCUAUCUGAAGACGCGGCUCAAGAAUGUUUUCCAAAGGGGCCUCAUCAAAGUGGCGCAGACAACAGGUGCUUGGAUCAUCACAGGCGGCACCAACACGGGUGUAAUGAAGCAUGUCGGCCAGGCGGUGAGGGAUUACUCCCUGAGCAGCUCCAUGCAGGGCCAGAUUGUCACCAUUGGACUGGCAACAUGGGGAGUCAUUAACAAUAGAGAUGUUUUGGUGCAUUCACAGGGUUGUUUCCCCGCCCAUUACCCGAUGGAUGUUAAGGGUCGAAUGCCGUGCCUUGAUAACAACCACACUCACUUCCUGCUCGUGGAUGAUGGGACACACGGACGCUACGGUGUUGAAAUCGAUCUGCGGAGUCGUCUGGAGAAGUGCAUUUCCGGAAAGCCUCUCGGAAACAAAGCUGUUGGAGUGACCAUCCCUGUGGUGUGUGUGGUUUUGGAUGGAGGAGCAGGCACUCUCAACACCAUCUACACAGCCAUGCUCAACGACACACCGUGUGUGGUCUUAGAGGGCUCUGGAAGAAUGGCCGACGUGAUUGCCCACGCGGCGGGACUACCUGUGAGCCAGGUCACCAUCAGCCUCAUCCACCGCCUGCUGAAGAAGUUCCUCAGCCACGAGUAUGACAACUUCUCUGACCUCAGUAUCAUCGAGUGGACCAAAAAGAUUCAGGACAUCAUCAGGAUGUCUCAUCUGCUGACGGUGUUCCGAGGUGGCGGGGACAGUCACGGGGAUGUGGAUGUGGCCAUUCUGCAAGCGCUCUUCAAAGCUUCCAGGGCCAGUGAGUCACAGGAAAUGGAGGGCUGGAGGAGGCAGCUGGAGCUGGCUAUAGUCUGGAACCGAGUGGACAUAGCCGCCACCGAGAUCUUCACCGACGAAAGCCAGUGGAAGUCAGGUGCCCUCCAUUGGGCCAUGUUCUCGGCCCUGGCAGGGAACAAGCCCCAGUUUGUGAGUCUCCUUCUGGAGAACGGCGUGAGUCUAAGAGAGUUCCUGCAGAGUGAAGACACGCUGUGUGACCUCUACAAAAAGCUGCCCAGCUGCUUCUUCCUCCGCAAGCUGGCCAAACGUGUCCACUCAUCCUGCUGCCGGAGGAGGAAAGUCUUUGUCCUCAAGAACCGGGUGCAGGCGGGACCGAGUGAGGGCAUCUGCUUGAGUUUCGUUUCCGAUGAGGUGCGGCACCUGCUGGGCAACUUCACCCAGCCCAUCUACCCUCCGCCGACCAUGACGUAUCAGUUUAACAUGGAGGAUGCAGCAUCGCUGUCAAGAAGCCUAUCAGGAUCCCAAGCUCCCCUCAGGAUGGACCUUGCCGAGGCCCAGAGAGACCCAGCUAGAGACCUUUUUCUUUGGGCAGUUGUACAAAACAAUAAGGAGCUAUCCGAAAUUGCCUGGGAGCAGUGUACAGACUGCAUAUCCGCUGCUCUGGCCGCAUGUAAGAUCUUAAAGAAAAUGGCGGAGGAAGAAAACGAUGCGGAUGAAGCCGUCAACAUGCUAGAGCUGGCCAAUGACUACGAAAGGCACGCUAUAGGUGUGUUCACACAGUGUUACAGCAAUGGUGAAGAGCGGGCUAAAAAGCUGCUGAUUCGCGUGUCGCCAUUAUGGGGGAGGACCACAUGCCUGAGACUGGCACUGGCAGCUAACUGUAAAAGCUUUGUGGCGCUGUCGGGUGUUCAGGCCCUCUUGACUCAGAUCUGGUGUGGGGAGCUUUCGGUGGACAAUCAUGUGUGGAGAGUGAUGAUCUGCAUGAUAUGCUUUCCACUCAUCUACACUGGCUUUCUGACUUACAGACGUGAUGAGUUAAUCCAACGGGAAGUGGAAAAAAACAAAGCUAUAAAGACAGUGGAGAGUGUGACAGGAAGUGUGUUCACAACCAAAGUCAAAAGCUGCGACCUCACCACCAUGAAGUCUCUGAACUGCUGGACCAGACUGACCGGCCUCUACAGUUCCCCGCAGGUUAAGUUUUACUGGAACAUUGUGUCGUACUUCGCUUUCCUCUUCCUGUUUGCGGUGGUGCUGAUGAUGGACUUCCAGGCCACACCUUCUCCUGGGGAGAUUCUGCUAUAUGUGUGGCUCUUCUCCCUGGUGUGUGAGGAGGUCCGGCAGUUGUUUUAUGACCCAGAUGGAUUUGGGUUCCAUAAGAAAGCCAGGGUGUACAUUCGAGAACUGUGGAAUAUUUUAGACGUUCUGUCCAUCAUCCUCUUUAUUAUCGGCCUCGUGUUUAGGCUAACGACGAAGCUGUUCUAUACCGGUAAGAUCAUCCUCUGCAUUGAUUUUGUAGUCUUCUGCUUGCGUCUCAUGGCCAUCUUCAGCAUCAGUCGUACACUUGGACCUAAGAUUAUCAUUGUCAGGAGAAUGAUGAUGGACAUGUUCUUCUUCAUGUUCCUGCUGAGCAUCUGGGUGGUGGCGUACGGUGUGGCCAAACAGGGUAUCCUGAUCCAUAAUGACAAUCGUCUGGAAUGGAUCAUCCGUGGAGCUGUUUACGAGCCGUAUCUCAUCAUCUUUGGCAACGUUCCCACCAACGUGGAUUACGCUGCGUUUGACAUGGACUCCUGCAGCAUGAACGCCACCGAUCCCUUAAAGCCCAAAUGUCCCGUGCUGAAUGAAAACCAAACCCCAGCCUUCCCGGAGUGGCUCACCAUCAUCAUGCUGUGUGUUUACCUUCUCUUUGCUAACAUACUUCUGCUCAACCUGCUGAUCGCCAUCUUCAACUUCACAUUCCAGGAAGUGCAGGACAACACUGAUCGAAUAUGGAAGUUCCAGAGAUAUGAGCUUAUCAAGGAAUACCAUAGCCGCCCUGCUGCCCCUCCUCCCUUCAUCAUCCUCAGCCAUCUGUACAUCUUCAUAAGGAACGUGGUGCUGUGCAGGCCAUCCCAUAAAUCCAGAAAGUUUAGAACGGAGCUCCCUCACAUUGAGGAGGAGGAGCUGCUGUCAUGGGAGACCUUGAUGAAGGACAGGUACCUGCUGUCCACGCAGCAGCAGCAGAGUGAGACGAUGGAGCGAUGCAUCGUGGACACGGCGCAGAAAAUCGCCACCAUAACUGAUAGGUUGGAGCGGGAAGAGGAGAUGAGCUCUGUGAUCUUGAUGAAACGACUGACGCGACUGGAGGAGCAGGUUGUCCAGUCAGCCAAAGGCCUGCAGUGGAUUAUGGACAGUCUGAAAUCCAGGGGUCUUGCUUUGAAAGAAGACCAACCACUCACCGUACUUCCAACAGUGAAGGAUUUGUCCGAAACAUCGGUGAAAGAAUCGGAUGGGUUCCAUUUCAAGGCACGCCAGUUCCACUACCCCAACAGCAAAGUCACCCGCUUCCCGGUGCCCGAGGAGAAGGUGCCGUGGGAGGUCAGCUUCAGCUCAUACUUGCCUUCUUAUUAUAGCGCAGAGGACAAAGGAGAUAACGUGGAUGGAUCAGAAUCCAUCUUGGAAAACUACAGAAACCCUGGAGGGAGAACCGGCAUCAGGGGUCAGGGUUCGCUCAACCAUCUGGGUCCAAAUCUGCAUGUAGACCUUGUGAUUACACGUGUGAGGGACAGUGGACGGUCAGUUUUGGAAUUUCUGGCUGUUGCCGAUGAGCACCUGAAGACCUUGGUUCUACCUGGGGGACCCGUCGAAACUGUGGAUCGGCUGCCAACGGCUUUGAUGAGAACCAUGGGCAAGAACUUGUAUGAAAAAUUACAUGAAAAAAUAGCCGAGGGAACACUGGUGUUUGAAGGUUACGUGGACGACACCAGGAACACAGAUAACGCCUGGGUGGAAACCACAGUCAUCAACCUUCACUUGGACUCAAGCGCUGAUUCCGAGGAUAUCAUCAACAUGGUGAUGUCCAGCCGUGGUUCUCUGCAGUGGCUGGAGGUCAGCUGCAAAACUAGACUGUGCUUAGACCAUAGCGACUCACUGAGGCGGAUCGCCAUGCUGCAUAAUAGGAACUCUUAAUUGGAACUCCUGGUGGGGCUCCAGGCAUGGAUCAAGGCUUUUGAGGGCACACCGUUUUCCCUAAAAAUCCACGCUGUUGCACUGCAAGCACUUAAGCCAUAUCUGCUGCUGCUCAGUAUCUAAUCAAAUUUAAUGUAACCUUACUGAAAGUAUGCACAAUCUUCAGGUAUGUUCUUUACAUGAAUGUUUCUGACUCCUUAACAUACAUUUCUCCAUAAUCAACUGACAGAUGUCCAACAACUAAGCGCUAUUUUGGACAAUAGUUAUGGCACAUAUAGCUGAAAAUGCACACCCAUUUAAAGAAAGCCAUUUCACAGGCUGCAGUGUUAGCAAUCGAACGGACGAAUAAAAGUGUGAUCCUCGGCAAAGUAUACCUGAAUGCUUUCUCGUGUGUGAUUGUGUAAAAAAUAGAAGUGAUAGAAAUGGUAACAUGAAAGUGUUUGCUAAGCGCCUACCUCCGGAAAUGCUAAAAAUGGCAGUAGAAUUAUUUUAGCAUGCUAACACCUACUAUGAUAGAAAGUUUCUGUUUAAGUUCAUAUGAAUGGAAAUCGCAAAAAAUGCUAUUAUGCUCAUGUUUGCAUGCUAGCAAUGUUGGAUGCUGUCUGUCUGCUGCUAGCAAUGUUAACAUGAUAAUAUUAGCAUGUAAACAUUGCUACAUGCUAAUAUUUGUUAACAAUGUUAACAUGAUAAUAUUAGCAUGUAAACAUUGCUACAUGCUGAUAUUUGUUAACAUUGUUAAUAUCAUGUUAAAAAAACAGUAUGAGGA